GGGGCGGGGUCGCGUCUGCCGCAGCAACAGGGUGCGGCCGAGUGAGGGGCGCGAGCGUCGGCCGGGCUGGCUGGAAGGCUGUCCUCUCCACCCCCGCGACCGCUGUUCCGCUCCCAGACCCGCUGCGCGCCCCGGCUGGGCCGCCGCCCGCGUGCGGGCAGCUUCAACCUCAGCCAUGUUUUUUACCUGUGGCCCAAAUGAGGCCAUGGUGGUCUCCGGUUUCUGCCGAAGCCCCCCAGUCAUGGUGGCUGGAGGACGUGUCUUUGUCCUGCCCUGCAUCCAGCAAAUCCAGAGGAUCUCUCUCAACACACUGACCCUCAAUGUCAAGAGUGAAAAGGUUUACACUCGCCAUGGGGUCCCCAUCUCAGUCACUGGCAUUGCCCAGGUGAAAAUCCAGGGGCAGAACAAGGAGAUGUUGGCGGCUGCCUGCCAGAUGUUCCUGGGGAAGACAGAGGCUGAGAUUGCCCACAUUGCACUGGAGACUCUGGAGGGCCACCAGAGGGCUAUCAUGGCUCACAUGACUGUGGAGGAAAUCUAUAAGGACAGGCAGAAAUUCUCAGAGCAAGUUUUCAAAGUGGCCUCCUCAGACCUGGUCAACAUGGGCAUCAGUGUGGUUAGCUACACCCUGAAGGACAUUCAUGAUGAUCAGGACUAUUUGCACUCCUUAGGGAAGGCUAGAACAGCUCAAGUCCAAAAAGAUGCUCGGAUUGGGGAAGCAGAAGCCAAAAGAGACGCUGGGAUCCGGGAAGCCAAAGCUAAGCAGGAAAAAGUGUCUGCUCAGUACCUGAGUGAGAUCGAGAUGGCCAAGGCGCAGAGAGACUAUGAGCUAAAGAAGGCUGCAUAUGACAUCGAGGUCAACACCCGCCGAGCGCAGGCUGACCUGGCCUAUCAACUUCAGGUGGCCAAAACUAAGCAGCAGAUCGAGGAGCAGCGGGUACAGGUGCAGGUGGUGGAGCGGGCCCAGCAGGUGGCAGUGCAGGAACAGGAGAUCGCCCGACGAGAGAAGGAGCUGGAGGCCCGAGUUCGGAAGCCCGCGGAAGCUGAGCGCUACAAGCUGGAGCGCCUAGCUGAGGCAGAGAAGUCCCAGCUGAUUAUGCAGGCUGAGGCAGAAGCUGAGUCUGUGAGGAUGCGUGGGGAGGCCGAGGCCUUUGCCAUAGGGGCUCGAGCCCGGGCUGAGGCUGAGCAGAUGGCCAAGAAGGCGGAAGCAUUCCAGCUGUACCAGGAGGCUGCUCAGCUGGACAUGCUGCUGGAGAAGCUGCCCCAGGUAGCAGAGGAGAUCAGUGGUCCCUUGACCUCAGCCAAUAAGAUCACACUGGUGUCCAGUGGAGGUGGGACCAUGGGGGCAGCCAAGGUGACCGGGGAAGUACUGGACAUCCUGAGCCGCCUGCCAGAGAGCGUGGAGAGACUCACAGGCGUCAGCAUCUCCCAGGUUAACCACAAGCCUUUGCGAACAGCUUGAGCCAACCGUCACCAAUGCCUAGCCUCAUGGUUGCCACAAUGGUCCCCAUACUGCAUGCAGAGCUGGCUUCCCUGAGCAUGCCCCUGACAGUGGGGUUUCACCCCUCAUCUCCUUGCCAAAUAGUCUUGUGGCUUGCCUUGGAGAGGAAGGGUUACUCUUCCCAACCCCACACUGCCAAGACUACCAGUCCCCCAGGGGUUCCAUGCCAGCCUUCUGAUUAUCCUACUCACCCCCAAUUUAACUUCCUAAUUAGACUGUGUGUACCUUUGUCUGGAAUUUUCCUGACCAAAACUGAGGGAUGGCCUGGAGGUUCUCAACUUUGUCAAAUCAACUGCUGUUGAUUAACUUAAUAAAGCAGAACUUAUUCAAAAUGAAUGCCGGAAUGUAGCUUAUUCCCUUCAAUAGACUUUUUAGAAUGGGAGAAGUUACCUUGUACACUGUUAAAAUUGUACAACUUUUUUUCUGCAAAAUUUGGUUAUAGGCAGAAAAAGCAUACUGAAAUGGAAGAAGUGGUGAGACUUGAACUAGUCCCCACAAUUACUGAAAAUAGGGCCAAGGAAAAUGAUAAGACUUAAAUUUCCAGGGUAGCUCUGAGACUUGCUUUGUGUACUUAGAAGCAUGUUGUAUUAGGUGGAAGUGUUACUUUAGAAUGGGACCAUUACGUGAUAUCCCCCACUGGUUAUCUUUCCUUUAUGUUAACGAGAAAAUCCCAAAGGGUAAGAGAAAACAGCAAGAUACCAUAACCCAAAUGAA